AUGGCACCUACGUUUAACAGAGACCUUAAACGGACAACGCGUGGAGACGUAGUAAUGUGUAAAAUAUCUGAAGAUGACAACUUUCAAAUCGAAACUAAAUAUAACAAGGAAAGCACUAACGAAACCGUGGUAAUAACACAUUACAUGAAAAAUGCGAAGUGUGAGCUCACAAACAAAAAUACUAAAUUAAAUGGCAGUCGUCCGUUUAAAUGCAGACCAAUACAUCUUAAGAUAAAGGAAGGAAUUCCAGGGUGGGACUCAUGGAAGGAUAAGAUUAUUACUGUCGGUUGUGAAGCUUUCAUCCCCCACUAG